GCUCAAUCUCUGAUCAGAUUCCUCAAGUUCCAGCUAUUAAUACCCAGCUAACAAUUUCGCUAUUACAAAAUAAAUUGAGUUUUGAUGGUAGUGGUAUAUCUCAAGCUGAAGUAGAAAGUAUGAUAAAUCCACUUAAGUCUACUCAAUCUGCUUCUCAAGAAAGGCAGUUAACACGGCCUAGCAAGAUGGAACCAGGUAAAAUAUAUUACGAUCCCAAUUUACGCCUGAAUGACCAAGAAUAUUUUCACGAUAGUGAUGUGCUAGAACGUUUAAAUUCUACUGCCAAAGGUGGAUCCUUUUUCCAAAAUCUUAUAAAUAUGAUAGAAAAGAUUUCAAAUCAAUUGUCUAAGGGUAAAAAAGAUAAUACUUCAAGUACUGAUGGCAUAGAUAGAAUUACUAAAA